AUGAAGACAUUAAAACCACUUUGGGUAACGGGCAGUAAGCGGGUGAGCACUUGGUCGCCCCUAGCCACUGCAUUUAACACAAGACCUACAUCCAGACCUAUUUUUGAUACUCUGAGGGAAAAAACUGGUCUCUUUAACAAACCAGAACUAAAAACCUUUGAGGGUUUUUAUACAUUAAAAGACCAAGCAAUUGCAGCUACAGAUCGUCUUAUAGAGGAAGCUACAGGUAAUCCUACUCGGCCUAUGGUAGACAUAUUUGAUGAACUCUCAGAUACACUAUGUAAAGUGGCCGAUCUGGCAGAGUUUGUGAGGAUAGCACACCCACAACCACACUUUGCACACGCAGCAGAAGAAGCAUGCAUCAGUGUAAGCGGUGUAGUAGAAAAGUUAAAUACACACAAGGGUUUAUAUCAGUCUUUACGAAAUUCAGUGCAGAAUGGGACUUGCGGAGAUCGUCAUCUUGCAGAGUUGUUUUUGUUUGAUUUUGAGCAGAGCGGUAUACACUUGCCAGAUGGACCACGGCAGAAAGUCGUUGCUCUUAAUGACCUUAUCCUGCAAACUGGACAGCAAUUCAUGGCCGGAGCAGCGAAACCGAGAAAGGUACCGAGAUCAGCUGUGCCUCAAAAUGUCAGGCAAUUUUUUAGUUGUGAUGGUGACACAGUGACUGUGAGUGGUGUGUACGCUGAGUGUGGUGAGGCGGGGGCUCGUGAGGCCGCGUACAGAUUGUACCUGGCGGCCGACGGACGACAGGAACUACUAUUGGGGAAGACAUUGAAAGCUAGGAGAGAACUGGCCGGCUUGUGUGGAUUUAAAUGUUAUGCUGAUCGAGCUAUUAAAGCCAGUACCAUGGAGACGUCGUCUAACGUCCGUCAGUUCCUGGACGUGUUGUCAGACAACCUCCACGACAGAGCCAACAUUGACUUCGAAGCCAUGGCGGCCAUGAAGCGAAAGGAGACUCCCUACCAGAAGUCGUUGAUGUGUUGGGACACCCCGUACUUCACCCACAAGGCCAAGGCCCAGCUCCUAAACGUGUCUCCUUCCGAGUUCAGUCCGUACUUCUCACUAGGCGCCUGUAUGGAGGGACUCAACAUGCUGUGCCAGGAACUGUACAACAUAACGUUACAGUCCGAGGAAAUGUUGCCAGGCGAGUCUUGGUCACCUGACGUGUACAAGGUCCGUGUAGAGCACGCUACUGAGGGUACUUUGGGACACAUUUACUGUGACCUCUACGAGAGGCCCGGGAAGCCGCAUCAAGACUGUCAUUUCACUAUCCGCGGAGGAAAACUACUGCCCGACGGAACAUACCAGAACCCGGUGGUUGUAGUGAUGCUGUCCCUGGCGGGCGGUCACCGCUCGGGCCCGGCGCUGCUGGGUCCGUGCUCGGUGGACAACCUGUUCCACGAGCUGGGCCACGCGCUGCACUCCAUGCUGGCCCGCGCGCACCACCAGCACGUGGCCGGCACGCGCUGCGCCACCGACCUCGCUGAACUACCCUCCGUGCUCAUGGAACACUUCGCUGCUGAACCACGGGUGGUGCGUCGUUUCGCUCGUCACUUCCAGACAGGAGAGCCGAUGCCAGAAGACAUGUUACAGCGGCUGUGCGCCUCCAAACAUCUGUUCGGCGCUAGUGAGAUGCAGUUACAGGUGUUCUACUCAGCGUUAGACCAGCAAUACCACGGACCUGAAGCGGGUCAGGGCGAAAAUACUACAGAAGUACUGAGACAAGUUCAGAAGCAAUACUAUGGAUUACCGUAUGUGGAGAACACGGCCUGGCAACAUCGCUUCAGUCAUCUCAUCGGAUACGGCGCGAAAUACUAUUCGUACCUGAUAUCGAGAGCGUUGGCGUGGAGCGCCUGGAGGACGCACUUCCACACACAACCGCUCAGUCGGACGGCCGGCGAGCGACUGAGGCACGGACUGCUGAAACACGGAGGAUCCGUCCCGCCACAGAUCUUGCUAAAAGACUACUUGGAAACGGAGAUCACCCCUCACACGCUAGCGAUGGCUCUCACUGAGGAGCUCGACUACCACAAGGACUACCUCGACACUGUGUUCAAGAUAGCUGACAAGUAA